AUGGGGAAUUGCUUGCAAACCAACGACAAACAGCGUCAAACCAAAGCAAAACAAAUGGCAAGUGUUUCGGAACUUGGGAACAAAAACACGAAUAUUAGACAUCGUGAACGACUUCGAUCUGACAUUCAGAAUCCAAAUGACCCAUCUUAUCCUGACAGUUCACUCAGAAUAAGACAGGAUGUUCCUCAGGAACAAGCAAAAUUUAUCCAAGCGCACGGAGAUAAGGAUGUAGCUCCUCAACAGCAAACAUCUGGCUCCAUCGCUGUCCGUAGCGGUGGUGAUGGGAUCAAAACCGUUGGCACCGACCAGAAGACAGGCAAAGCGGAUCCAUCUUGGGUAAGAUAUUUGUCACAAGCAAAAGCUAGGGAUGAUAUGGCUAUGGACGGAGAUGUCUCAUCGGCUUUCGGAGAGAACUGGGACCCAGAGCUGUUUGAUCGUUGUGGUUCUCCCAUGGACCUUAGUCGGUAUCCAAACGAAGAACCAAUGGUUCACAGGAACUACACUGAUAAACAAAGCUUUGCGCAAGGAAGUAAACUGCAGAAAAGUGAAUGGGAAAAGUGGGCAUCUGAGGAAAGUCUAACGGUCUCACCCAAGCGCAGCAGGUUCCCAAUAAUCAGUUCCUCCGUUCUAGGAUUUUCUCCAUUACGACCAAACGCAGAAGACACAAUGGAAUGGUUCAGAAACGGCGAACUAGAAAGUCCCCAGCCAAAUACUACUAAUUUCUUGAUAAAGGGCAAGCAAAAGCAAUGCGAACGAGAUGACUUGAAUGAUAAUCCAAGCGAUCCUGAAUUCGUCGGGUCGGAAUCGGCAACAAAAGAAGUGUAUGGCCACCGAGAAGGUUGGAUACGCUAUACCAUGUUUUUACACCAGGAGAGAGCAGACAUCUGUGGAUUUUACGCCAAAUUAAGGAAUGCGAAACAUGUGUUUCUCAGUUUAGAAGCCAAAACAGGCUGUGAACUAAGGCUGAGUAAAAGGCUGUUUCUCCACCGAGGCAAACUGGUGCGUACUGUGGUGAUAGAUGGGCCAUCACGGAAACACAUACUACGUUGCCACUCAAGUUUGCCAAGUAUUUUGACAAAAUUAAUGAUACAGGAAUGUGAGAGACCAAGUGAUUCAGAUGCUAAACCAGUAGUAAAAGCUCACUGUGCGGAGUCACUCAUCGAUAAUUAUCCGACAAUGUUCCAAAGCACCGCAGCUGCA